CGCUUUUUCCUAGUGGGAGGAGCGCGGGAGGAGGAUGGACACCAGGCGAAGGGAGCGGCCUUCUGUGCAGCGGAGCCGGGGCCUCUUGGCUGCCAUGGCGACUGGUUUGUGACUGCUUCGGCCUUCAGCAGACCGGCUCCCACCUCUCAAUCCCCGGCUACGCUAGUUGUCAGUGUUCGUGACUGGGAUCCGUCCCUCGCCGCUGAAAAGGAUCGUCGCUAUGGCCUCACGCAGCGCUGGGACCCUCCUCACUCAAAACAACGCGGUCUAUGUGCCGCCGGGGCUCAUGCCUGGAUACCGUGGCCAUGUCCCUAAUGUAGCUUUUUCCUUUGGUGACACCUAUGGAAAUACCACCAUGAAAUAUUUUCAAGAUUUCCGAAAUGCCGCAAUGGAAACCAGCUAUAGUCCCUACAGCAAAGGGGGCCAAUUCCCAACACUUUUCUCCCGUGACCCAUCUCUUGUGAUUGGGGAAAGGGAAAGAGGCUUGGAUCGAUGGCUACAUACCCCUAAUUACUCUCGUUACAAUUUAGAUAUGAACCGCUCAGAAGAACUGCAAGAGUUCUACAAGCUUACUCAGAUGCAUCGUGAACAUUACAGAGAUAAGACAGGGACAUUGCACCUGGUUCCAUACUUUGUGCUGCCUAUGAAGGAAAGAGACAAGUACCCUCAUCCUCUUGAUCUGAGAUUUAUGAAGAGAUUGGACAACCACAACAUGGUAUAGGCCGGUCUCCUGCUUGAGCAAGGGUUUGGACUAGAAGACCUCCAAGGUCCCUUCCAAUGCUGUUAUUCUGUUACAGGCUCGCAGUACUCAAUUUAUGACCACAGUUGGGACCAAAAUUUCUUUUGCUAAGCAAGGUGAUUGUUAAGUGAGUCAUGCCAUCAAAAAUGCAGGCCUAUUGCCAAGCACACAGAUUAUGAUCACAGGGCCAUGGGAAUGUUGCGAUAGUUGUAAGAAUACUGUAAAUCCCUUUUUUCAGUGCCAUUGUAACUUCGAACGAAUGGUUCUACGUCAAAGACGACCUGUAACAAGCCUGAGUCUAAAAUAAUGUAAGGUGACAUGGAUCGUGUCAGUAAAUCCCUUCUAAGACCCUCAUGGUCAUCUAAAAUCCAUCUGAAGUUCUGAGAUUCAUUAAAAAAGCAACAAUUUCUUUGCAUUUAGGCAGUGGGUUUAUGCACAAGGUAGCACUUUACAUUUUUCCUGCUAUUUUUGUUCGGCCAUCCAUCGUGGAAAGAAACACAUCAAAGAGUCAGUAGGAUAUCUAAAGACAUUAUUAUCAUUCCAACAGAGUCAUUUUGGGUGUUUUUUCGUCUUUGUUCAAACGAAAUGUACAUUUCUUUUUUUUUAUUAUCCCAUUCCUCAUAGUUCUUUAAAAAGAAAAGUCUCAAAUGUAUUCAUUCAACUCUGGAAAUUUCUCUGUUUCCAGAAAAGAUUCUCUUUGCCCUCAAAUCUCAAGGAAGAGUUGGAGGGAAGGGAGGGAAUUGGCUGUCCUAAUACAGUGUAUUAUCUAAUAAAAAUAAACUAUAAAGCCCCAUAAAGUUAAUCCUCAACUUUCAACCAUUCAUUUAACGACUAUUCAAAGUUACAACCCCACUGAAAAAAAUGACUGAGCUCAAUGACUUAGCUUCACACUUAUGACUUUCACAGUAUCCCCAUGUUACAUGAACAAAAUUUGCUGCAUGGCAAUGGGCAUGUAUGGGCAUGUAUGUACAACUCUGGCAGCACCCCAGGGUCAUGUGAUCACCAUUUGCAACCUUCCCAGCUGACUUCUGACAAGCAAAAUCAAUGGAGGAAGACAGAUUUGCUUAAUGACUAUGUGAUUCACUUAACAACCCCAGGGAUUUGCUUAACAAUCAUAGCAAAAAAGAUCACAAAACUGGGCACGACUCAACAACCAUCUUGCUUAGCAAUGGAAAAUCGAGGGCCACCUGUAUUUGCUUUGAUUCCAUAUAUAUAUUGGGAAUAUACUGUAUUUUCUUGAACGAAUGCCCUACUAUACUCGCUUAAAGGCAUUUAUUGGAUCUAUUUUCUAGUAUUUGCAAAAUACUCCCACCCCCCCUUAAAAACAAAUUUGUCUUAAAAUUUGCAAUAACUAUUGCUGGAAAUUCAAUUACAUAUUGAAUCAUGUACGUAUAUGCAUAUGUAUUGCUUGUAAAUUCUGUAUUUUAAUUGAAUUGUUUAAAUCUACUGUAAAUGUAUCUACUGAUCUGUUCUGUUUACCUCUCUGCACUCUGUUUUGGGUGUUUGUUGGGGCUACAAAUACUAAGUUCAGAUGAGCUAAGAUUUCUGGCCUGUGAUAUGCAAAACAUAUUAUUGGUAUGUUUUAUGGCAUGAGUCCUGGGUACCCAAGGAAUUGCUUUAUGUUGAUGGGACUAACACCCCCACCUCCCAUUUCAGGGAAAAGGGUUCUGUUGGCCAAAGAAUUUUGGCUGGCAUGAUCCAGAUGAAGAGCCUUUUCUGCCCUCUGGAAUAUUCUCUCCUCAGAGGUGAGGUCUGCCUCUACACUCUUGGCCUUCCAGAAGAGCCUAAAAACUUGGCUCUGCUGCUUGGCCUGGGGCCCUGAUAGGGACCUGUUGAAGGUGGAAGAUUCUCACCUCUAGGCUGCCCAUCAUCUUUGUUCUUUUAAUUCCAGUUUUGCUUUUUAGCACUUUUUAAGUUUUUAUUAUACUGUAACUCUCCCAGAGUCGCUAUAUUAGAAAGAUGGGAAGCAUAGAAAAUUAAUAAAUAAAUAAAAAUGAAUAAAUGCGGGAGAUGGCCUUUUAAAAAAAUUGAUAAAUAAAUAAACAUUUUUAAUUUGAAAAUUGUAUUCUGACCAUAUCAUAGUGUUCAAAUGAUGUUACAACUAUUCUGGUUCAAUGAUGUUAUAGUUAUAGGCAGUUCUCAUAUAGGGACUGCCUCAUUGAGUAGCAAUUCACAGCUAUAACCGUGCUGAAAAAGUAAUUUAUGAUGAAUCCUCGCAUUUAAAACCUUUACAGGUCAGUAAAACAAAGGAAAGUUGAAGUAUGAUUAUAAGCACAGUCAUAGUUUCACUUAGCAACUGCUCUGCUUAGCAACCGAGUUACUGGUGCCAACAGUGGUUGCUAAACUGUUACCUGUAUGCUGGAAGUGUUCUGGACUCAGAGCAAAAGGGAUUUUAAGUUUGAAUAUUUUUGCACGCCUCUAAUUAUGUAUACUUCGUUACAGAUAGUUCUUGGUAUAUGUCCCAUUUAUUCAGCAACCGCUCAAAAUUAUGGAAGCACUGAAAAAAAUAGACACUUGAUUGUUUCCCAAAAUCCCCAACGCAGUCCCCCUGUGCUCAUGUGAUUGUGAUCUGGGCAUAAGAGUGUCUGGCUUGCAAUUACAAUGUUGUAGAGAGGCCUGAUCCCCAUUGGCAAUUAUGCUGAUUAGAGUACAUUUAAAAUGACAAUAAAGUUCUAUCCUAUCCUAUUCCUAUUCCUAUUCCUAUUCCUAUUCCUAUUCCUAUUCCUAUUCCUAUUCCUAUUCCUAUUCCUAUUCCUAUUUGUUCUGUUAUCUGGAACGAGCUUCCCCCGGAGAUAUGGAGGAUCCCGGACCUGCGUGCUUUCCGCCGUGCCAUUAAAACAUUUCUUUUCCAGCAGGCCAACCUGGCUUAACCUCUCUUUUAAACUUUUUAAACUUUUUAAAAUUCUUAAAUUUUAAAUUUGUCUUAUAAAUUGGGGUGUUUUAAAUUUCAUUUUUUGGGCCAAUUAUUUAAUUGUAUUUUAAUGGUUUUUUAACAUUUGUAUUAUAUGUAUUUUAUUUGGCUGUUCAUCGCCCUGAGUCCUUCGGGUGUAGGGCGGUAUACAAAUUCAAUAAAUAAUAAUAAUAAUAAUAAUAAUAAUAAUAAUAAUAAUAAUAAUAAUUCCUAUUCCUAUUCAUUCUACCUUUCCUGCUACCUUCCCACAAGUAAAGUCAAUGGGGAAGCUGGCAGAGAAGGUCACAAAUCACCCUGCUAAGUUGCUUUGGCCCACAGUACCUGUGCUCAGCCUUUGCUGGGUCUCCCAGCCCUCCCCAGCCCCCCUCAAUUCAUGUACCGUCUGCACUGGGUCUCCCAGGGCCUCUCCCAGCCUCUCCCAUCCCCUAUCAUUACCCUACCCUCCUUGCCUGAGAACUCCUGCUUCUCACUUAAUGACCUGCACAUUUUGGGAUUUAAAAGUAACCUGGAUUGUAGUCAUGUGAUAUGCUUUAUUAUCACAUUGCUUGAUGACUAGCAAACUCCCACGGCCAAUUGUCAUAGUAACCUAAGGACUACCUGUAAUGAAAUUAUCUGCUUUUAUAAUUGGACAUACACUACUUUUCUCUGUGUAACUGAUCUUGAUCCAAGUCUAAAAAUAUAAAUAUUCCUUGAGUUAAUGUCCAUGGUUUUCCAAUCCAUAUGGUAUUAGGCUAUAUUGUGUUGCUUUAAUUAAGGUCCUUAAUCACAGCUGAAUUCUUACUUCCAUUUGUCAGUGUUGCUUUGUGACAAAUGGUUUUAUGAUGUUAUGUUCUGAAAAAUCAUGUAAGUAAAGUUGUAUAUAACCUGAAAACUGAUUCAUGUCAUUUAAAAGAAUUACAAAAGUAUUUGUAAAUUACCUUGGUUCUCUUUCUAUUGUUUGUUUCUUCAAAUUAUCUUGAAUAAAAUGUAUCAAGCUUUAUCUGUUACAUUUCAAUUUCCAAUAUAUAAUUUCCUAGGAAAGUUACCUGGGAAUGUGGAAUGCACAGUAAUUAUGUAUCACCUAUGCAGUGUCCUAUCUCCUGCAUAGUCAGUGAAGCCUUCUAACUUCAAUGUUCAUCACCAAUGUUCCUUCCAGAUAGUAUCUACAUUCGAAGGUUGGGUGAACAUAUGUUAAGUGGAUAGUGUAUUAACCCUUGCCUUCCAACUAUAUAUAGUAGAAUAUUAUUUUAUUUGACUUGAUUUGAUCUCACACCAUUUAUGCAAUGUAAAGAAUGAAUUUCAAGAGCAGAUUCUAGUGAUGCAUAAUGCCUCCUGAAUAUUAUGAAAAAUGCCUAAAGUUUUUAAAAGUAAACGAGUGCAGUGAACGCAAGUCUGCAACUUUA